AAGACAAAUGAAGCCCCAAGCCCCAAGUCCCGACAUGGAGAAACAUCAGCACAGAGUGAUCUCAAAAAACACCAGCGCAUUCACACAGGAGAGAAACUGUAUCACUGCUCAGACUGUGGGAAGAGUUUUAAUCGACAGAGUCAUCUCCAACAACACCAGCGCAUUCACACAGGAGAGAAACCACAUCACUGCUCAGACUGUGGGAAGAGUUUUAAUCAUCACAGUGAUCUCAAAAAACACCAGCGCAUUCACACAGGAGAGAAACCAUUUCACUGCUCAGACUGUGGGAAGAGUUUUAAUCAACAGAGUAAUCUCAAAAGUCACCAGCGCAUUCACACUGGAGAGAAACCGUUUCACUGCUCAGACUGUGGGAAGAUUUUUACUACCCAGAGUGAUCUCAAACAACAUCAGCGCAUUCACACAGGAGAGAAACCGCAUCACUGCUCGGACUGUGGGAAGAGUUUUACUGAACAGAGUCAUCUCAAAAUACACCAGCGCAUUCACACAGGAGAGAAACCGUAUUGCUGCUCAGACUGUGGGAAGAGUUUUAAUCUACAGUGUAAUCUCAAAAUGCAUCAGCGCAUUCACACAGGAGAGAAACCGUAUUACUGCUCAGACUGUGGGAAGAGUUUUACUCAACAGAGUACUCUCAAAAAACACCAGCGCAUUCACACAGGAGAGAAAAAUGUCCCAAAUUUGUCCCAUGGCAAUUAAAAGCACAAAUCAUAAAUUCCACCAGAAACAAAUAUGAACUGUAUUUAACAAUGGAUUUUACAGGUUCAGCAAAACUAUUCUUAUCCAGGGAUGAUGUGUAUAGAAUUCCAUGUUAUGUUUGUAUGUCUUGUAAGUUUGAAUAUUCCAGGACAUUCUUUGAGACAGAGCUCAGUUUUUAGGCUAGUUACUGUGGCGCAGUAAGGUUACAGGCUCAUUCACUCCCUCUGCUGGUGUUCUUGUUUGUCUAUGGUUCAGUCUAAUUAAAAAUCUGUUACUAUAGAGGGAUAUAGAUGGAUAUUUGGUUGUGUUGUAUUACUCAAGUUUUAUACUCUCUUAUCUUUUCCUUAUUGAAUAUUAAAUGUUGCUUAUGGUUUUUUUAAUCUCCAAAGUUACUAAGAAUAUCCAAAUAAUGUAGUUUCUUAAUUGUUUUUAUCCAGUACAAACUAUUAUCUUUGUAUUACUUCACCUCUAUAUUUACCCAUGUGUGUUUUUAAUAAACGGCUUUUAUAUUGCA